CCUUUUUCUUUUGCUUUGUAAAUGUUAUUGUUGAUAUUAGCAGUGGAGUAGUGCCAAAAAUUCUUUCUCAUCUGAUAUGAACCAAUUAAAGCAAAUUCACGCCUAUACUCUUCGAAAUGGCAUAGACUAUAAUAAAACUCUCACUGAAAGGCUCAUCCAAAUCCCAAACGUUCCUUAUGCCCAUAAGCUGAUCGAUCUUAUUCCCAGCCCAAAUGUCUUCCUUUACAACAAGCUUAUUCAAGCUUACUCCUUUCAAAACCAACUCCACCAAUGCUUCUCAAUCUACUCCCAAAUGCGCUCCAGAAACUGCACGGGAAACCAACACACUUUCACAUUCCUCUUCGCCGCGUGUGCCUCUUUUUUCUCUCCUCUCCAUGCCCAAAUGCUUCACACCCAUUUUAAAAAGUCGGGUUUCGAAUCUGAUGUAAUUGCCUUGACCGCUUUAGUUGACAUGUAUUGUAAAUUGGGCAUGGUAGCAUUUGCACACCGAGUGUUUGAUGAAAUACCUGUUAGGGAUAUACCAACUUGGAAUGCGUUAAUUGCUGGUUAUUCAAGGUGUGGGGAUAUGGAGGGAGCGUUAAAAAUUUUCAAACUGAUGCCCGAUAGGAACGUGGUUUCGUGGACUGCGAUGAUAUCUGGGUACUCGCAGAAUGGACGGUAUGCUAAGGCAUUAGAAUUAUUUUUGAAGAUGGAGAAGGAGAAUGGUUUAAGACCUAACGAGGUGACUAUUGCUAGCAUACUUCCAGCUUGUGCAAAUCUAGGGGCAUUAGAAGUUGGUGACAGGAUUGAAACAUAUGCCAGAGAAAAUGGGCUAUUGAGGAAUUUAUAUGUGAGCAAUGCGUUACUGGAAAUGUAUGCAAGGUGUGGCAAAAUUGACAUGGCGAGGAAAGUGUUUGAUAAGAUUAUUGGCAAGAGGAGAAACUUGUGCUCUUGGAAUUCGAUGAUCAUGGGUUUGGCUAUCCAUGGGAGAAGCCAUGAUGCCCUUCAUCUUUACAAUCGAAUGCUGAUAGAAGGAAUUGCUCCCGACGAUGUCACAUUUGUUGGAAUUCUAUUAGCAUGUACUCAUGGUGGCAUGCUUGUAAAAGGCCGACAACUUUUUCAAUCAAUGGAAAGAAAGUUCAGGAUCGCUCCCAAAUUGGAACACUAUGGUUGCAUGGUUGAUCUCCUGGGGCGUGCUGGAGAACUCCAAGAAGCUUAUAAUCUCAUAAAGAGUAUGCCUAUGAAGCCAGAUUCUGUAAUUUGGGGGGCGCUACUCGGAGCUUGUAGUUUCCAUAAGAAUGUUGAGUAUGCAGAGAUAGCAGCUGGGUCUCUCUUUGAACUAGAACCCUGGAAUCCAGGAAAUUAUGUAAUUCUUUCCAAUAUAUACGCAUCAGUAGGCCGAUGGGAUGGGGUUGCAAAACUUAGAAAGCUGAUGAAGGGUGGCCAAAUAACGAAGACAGCAGGAUAUAGUUUCAUUGAAGGUGGUGGUAAAAUCGAAAAGUUUAUUGUGGAAGAUUUGUCACACCCGAGGUCUGAUGAAAUAUACACUUUACUGAAUGAAAUUUCAACUAAGAUGAAGCAACAAAGUGCGGAUAAUUUUGAACCUGACCUUGAAGGAUUAUGCUUAAUGGAGUAGAAUAGUUCUGCUCUAUUUGCUCUUAUGAUCAAUGCGAUAAACACAGUGCCCCUUGCAUAAUUCAACAUGCAUACGAAAAAAAUGAUCAUUUGUGUUAUUUAGAUAAACUGAACUCAACUUGGACUUAAGGUCGGACAUUAAGGAAGUGUAAAGUAAGCAACGAAAUUCGUUACUUACCAUUUCUAUUCAUUGAGAUACACAAAAUGAGUUAUAUUUUUCCUUCGUAA